CAGGUAUGUGUGGCUGUUGGGACUCAUGGUGAUGACACUCGUCGACCAAACAGCAGCGUCAGACAUAUGCACAUCACAACCCAAAGAAAUAGUGAACGGAAGGUGGUUGGCGAUGAACAAUAUUUAUGGUUACGUCGUGUGUGAUGUGGGCUACGUAAAUGAAGACGUCUUCCAGUACUUCAGUUCUGCACAGUGUGACGGUGAUAAGUGGAAAGAUGUCGACCAUUGUAUUGAAGACACUAAGAAAAGGGUUAUGGGAGAAACUUGUUGGAGGGAUGAGCAGUGUACCGACCAGCGGGAAUCCAGCAACUGCGUCGUCUACACAGAGUCGGAGAUGUCUUCGGCCAACUGUAUCUGUAUCCCUACCUCUAACCUCGACUCGUGCGCCUGGUUAUCUUCCGGGUCUUGGAUGUUGAGUGUGUGUAACGGUUCCAUGUACCUGGCCUACAACUUCCCCACCAACACCUGUUUCUGUAAUGAGAUUCUAGCCACCUGUCAAUCAGUCUCAACAAAGGCAACGACUAACAUUCCUACAACAACAACUCCUACUAACAUUCCUAUAGCAACAACUACCGCUACUACUAACAUUCCUACAACAACAGCAACAACGACUAACAUUCCUACAACAACAACGACUGUUCUUUAUUAA